GGUAUCUUUAAAUGGUGAAGAACACAUUUCCUGCAGCCCAGUCACCAUGAUAGGCUCGGUGAUGUUGUUGCUAUUUUUCCUCCUGUUCUUCUUCAUCAGGGUCCGCCGACCGAAAAACCUCCCCCCAGGACCCCGUCUCCUGCCCAUCCUCGGAAAUCUGCUACAGCUGGACCCUGUCAACCCCCUCAAAGAUCUGGAAAGGCUGAAGAGGCGCUAUGGUAACGUGUUCUGUCUGUACAUCGGAUCACGGCCUGUCGUGGUUCUGAAUGGCCUUGAGGCGGUUUGUGAGGCACUGGUGACAUGCACAGCUGAAUUUUCAGGACGACCAAACCAUCUCAUGAUCAGCGACAUCACAGAAUGCAAAGGGAUCAUCAUGGAAGAUUUUGGCUCCAGCUGGAGGGACCGCAGACGCUUUGCUCUGACCACGCUGAGAAACUUUGGUCUGGGCAAACGCUCCAUGGAAGACCGCAUCCUCGAGGUCUCCCACAUCUGCUCUGAGCUGGAGCGCAAUUCUGGCAGUUCGAUGGACCCUCAGCACCUGUUCCAUCUAGCAGCAUCUAACAUCAUCUGCUCACUGAUUUACGGGGAAAGGCUUGAAUACGACAACCCGGUCUUCCUCACCCUCAUCAGUAGGAUACAGGAUUUAACCAAAAUUGCUAUCGGACCUUGGGCCAUGGUACAGAACACUAUUAUCACUACUACUGCUGCUACACCACUACCUUUAAUUGAAAUAAUAAUAAUAAUAUAUAUAUAUCCUAAUGGAAAAAAAUCCUAAUGGAAAACCAGGGUCGUUCCACCAAUAGAGUGCCUUUUAUGUCCCUCAGACAUUAUGCGUGUACAUUUUUAUGAAACACUCAAUUGAACAGUUCGAUCACAUACAUCUAUGCUCUAACUUAACUAAUAAAUGUAAAAAACAAUCCAAUAGCAGUGUGUUUUCAUUCAAAUAAGUUAUUUGUUUUCUCUGGAAAUCCCCAUUUUGGCAUGUCCCAUGUCAUGUUUUUCAAACUUCUUGGGAAGCCCAAAAUGUUUCACGUUUUCACCGUCAUCAAAUCAAAUAACAUUUUAUUGGUUGUGUACGCAUAUUUGCAGUUGUUAUCGCAGGUGCAGAGAAAUGCUUGUGUUUCUUUUUUUUCAUUUCACCUUUAUUUAACCAGGUAGGCCAGUUGAGAACAAGUUCUCAUUUACAACUGCGACCUGGCCAAG